UCUCCAUCUUUGUGGCUAUUUUUAUAAAGUUUCUGAGUUUUUGUACAUAAAUAAUCCUUUUUAUCCAAUGUCACCUUUGUCUUUUCUAUACAUGUUAUGCAACAUUAUUUUAAUUUCCUUGCCAUGUUUUCCUUUGGUCUAUUUCUAUUGUUCAUAAAAAUCUACUUUUGUUGACAGUAUGUGUGAGAGUGGUGAAAUUUGAUCUGACAAAUAUUUACUAUUGUUUAUGGUAAGGAUCAACACAAAGUCCUUGCUUGCUCUUGAAAGAAUUUUACUUUUCACAAAAUAAUUUAAUGCAGCUCAUGUCUUCAGUAUCAUUGACGUUAUGAUUUAUUUUUUUAAGAACAUUAUCCUUCUUAAAAAAUAAGUGGUGCGAUAUAAGAAUGUGAUUAAAAGGAAAAUUAUUGUUAUGGUAUAACUUAACAGAAUUUUUAUUAAUUAUGAACAAAUCACAUUAGAAGAUUUAUAUAAUUGUUUAUUGAGCAAGACUUAAUUUUAAACAAUAGAUGAAACGAUGGAAAAAACAGUUUAUAAGAUAACUGGAUCGAAUGAUGAUAGACAUUCAGCUUUAUCAGUUGCAAAACAGAAAGGUGCUGUCUUUGUUUCUCUACCUGUAUUACAAAAAGGCACCUUUUUUGAUAAAAGACAAGAAAACAAUUCAACACCUUGUCGAAAAACCUCAACUCCCAUUGCAAUACCAAGAAGAAAAAAUUCAUCUACAUCCUAUGAUAAAAAUCAAAAUAGAGUGUCACUUACAACAGAACAAUUUCAAAAUUAUGAGAUUGAUAUCCACCCAUAUGGAAGGAGUUUAAGUGCCACCUUGGUCAUGGAAGAAAACAAUCCUAUAACUAACAAUAUUAACAGAAAAGAAAAGGAUGCUGAAACCAAACAAACAAGACUAAAUGGUGCCACAAAUUAUGUUGAUGGUCAAUCCCAUUUGGUUUCAAGUAAAGAUUUCUCUCAAAAUAAUCAAAUUGUGGGAUUGGAAAAUAAAAUGUCUAGGAUUACAAAAGGAAACCUUAAAAUUCAUGAUACUUCAAUAAAGUUUAGUAAAGAAGUGUUAAUAAAACAAAAUCCUAUUGAGAAUAAAUCUCCUCUGUUAAAUAAAGAUCUGCCAAGACGUUCAUCACAAAAUUCGCCAUUAGUAGGACGGGAAAGCAUUGGUCGUAUUGUGCCAGAAAGGGAAAGCACUCCAGUGAUAUUAAGAAAAAAAAUUUCUUAUCCUGUUAUGACCCAAUCACGAAAAAGCUCUGGAAAUUCUUCACCUGUUAUAGCACAAAAGAUUGUUGACUACCAAAGUGCACUAGAGCGUAGAUUUUCAGGUAGUUCGACUUCAAGUUUGGGUAACCAAGAUAGAAAGGGGAGUACAGAUAGCAAUGCCAGUGUACCAGAUGAUAUUAACACUUCAGAAGAAAGUGUUGUUUCAAUACAUUUAAACUCUCCACAGUUGCCAAAAAAACUGUUUUCUGGGUCAUGCAAAACCAAUUUAGCUAGUAAGAAAAAAUCCUUUGUUGACAUGUUUGAAAAAAUUGCUGUUGAAGGAACAUUACAAAGAAGACGAUCUGCACCAAAUAAGCACCCACAAAAAACAGCAACCACAAUAGAGACCAAUACUGAAGUGGAAAAAAAAGUAUUCAAUGCAGUUGCGAAGGAAAAAGAGAGUACAAGACGAAAUUCAUAUGAAAGUUUGUCUCACAACAAUUUAUUUAGAUCCAAUUCGAAAUCAGAUUUGGUAAUUGAAUCUAAUAAAAUGAAUAAACAAGGGAAUUUUAAGGGACAAGAAAAACCCAAAGUAAUUAAAAAGUCUGACAGUAUUGAUAAACACUUAUUAACAAUAAAGAGCAGAAAAUCAGCUGGUACUUUGCCACAAGAAGAAAGCACAAAAGAUCUUCAAGCCACACAAAAAUCUCAAAAUUAUGCAGAGGGAAAGGAUAUAGAGAAAGAUUUUAUGGCUACUGAAAACAAAGGAAGAAAAAGAAUCAGGGAAUUGAAAAAGGGAACUAUUAACAGAAGAAAAUCAGUGGGAUGCUUGUCACAAGUCAACUUGCUUGAGUCUAGCUUGACCAAUUAUACUAAGGUAGAAAAUGCCUUCCUUAAUAAAGAAUUCCAUAACCAAAAUAAAUCACUAGAAAAAAUAAUAGUUAAAGAAACCGAAAAAAAUAGAAGAAAAUCAGUUGGUUGCUUAUCUCAGAUCAGCCUUUUUGAAUCUGGCUUAGUGAGUAACUCUGAGAGAGGAAAAACAUUUCACAAUUAUAAGUUUCAAAAACAAGAAGAAUCAAAAACCGAGACAAUAUUAAAUAAAGUUGAAAAAGAUAGAAGGAAGUCAGUGGGUUGUUUGUCCCAAAUCAUUUUUUUCGAAUCUGGUUUAACUGAUGACUCUAGUAUUAAAGAGACAACAUGCAAUACAAAAAUGGAGAUUGAAACAGGUCAAAAAUCAUUUUAUAGAAGGAAUUCUGUUGGCUCUUUGUCUCAAAUAAAUCACCAGAACAAUAUUUUGGUAAAUGCUAACGCAGAAAAUCUAUUACUCCAUUGUGAUAAAAAAUUAUUGAAAUCAAAACAGCUGACAGAAAUUAAGGUCAGAAAUAUUUUGGAAUCAAAUGCGGAAGUUACAAUAGGUCCAAAAGCUGAAGUUAAAUUGAAAGCAAAUAAAAUCACAACUAAUAAUACUAAGCCUGAGAAAAAGGACUCUGGCAAUUAUGAGGAUGAACAUAUUGCUGCUGUUGAAAGUUUGUUAAGUCGUAAUUAUGUAAACAAAGGUGAAAAUGCUUCUGAGGAAUGCAAAGAUGAAAGGUAUGUCCCAAAUGAAAUUACAGAUCAUUCUGAUAAAGACAAAUUUGAUUCAGAUGAUAGGAAAUAUGAAACAGAUCAGGAAUAUAAUGCAGACAACAGAGAAUAUGAUACAGAUGAUUCUGGUAGCAACUAUAUGGCCCGAGGUAAUAAAGUGUCUGUAAUAGAGCGUCCACCAUUGAGCAUAUCUGCUGUAAGUCAAAUACCUGCCAGGAAAAAGUCACAAGUAAUGAUAUCUGUUAGGGACAUUAGGAAACAAGAUGAAGAGUCAGGUUUUUUUGACAGUCAAGAAGGCAAUAAGUUUAAUAAUAACCUGACUGUUCUCGAUUCUAAUCAUGAAGAAACACCUAACGAGGAAGAUUACUUUCCCGAGGAUGAAAAUCCAUUUCGUAGCCAUAGAUUUCGCAAUAAUAGUUUUGGUAAUAGCAAUGAAAAUUCUAAUGUACGUUUCACUUCCUUGGGUGAUUUAGCUAGUGGUGAAAUGAUUGGUAUCACAACAAGAACAAGUUCAUUUAACUCAAGCAUAGGUAGUUCUUAUUUUGAAACACAUGAUAAUGUCAGAAAAUCAUCCCAAGAUGAGGAAACAUUGGAAAAUUCAGUAAAACCACGUCGCAAGAUGGGAACUGUUAGCAUUGUGUCAUUGGAUGAGCUUCCAAAACGGAAAAUGUCUCGGGUAAAUGAUUGGUUUCGGACAUUUGAUGAACAACCCUCGAGUUAUGAAUCAUGCUUUAUUCCGGAAAAUAUAAGCAGAAAGAUGUCCACAUUUGGGCAGUACUUAACAUUUGAUGAUUUGGCUAAUGAGGGGAUGGAAGUUGUUGCCGAUAAAGAAACAAGAGAUAUUAUUUCUGUCAGCCAUGACACAUUGUCAUCUUGCAGCGAACAAGUGCCAUAUAGACCACCUAGUCUGUAUAGAAAUGAAAUUUCUGGACAUCGUCCAUUUGACAAAUUGCGAAUAGAUGAGGAAACAUCAGAGCAUUUACAGAGCGAUGAGGAACGAUCCAUUUAUUCAUCACCUGGUUAUAGUCCUGCUGUGUCUGAUGAUGAGAGUGAUUCAGAUCAGUCGACAGAAACACUAAACAAUGAUAGCGAAUGCAAGAUUACCAACUCAGUCAAAAAAGAAAUUAAAAAAGAAGAGUUCUCCAUGAAAGAUGAAAUUGAUUUCAUUAAGAAUAAGGAAACAGAUAAAACAAUAACCAAAGAAAUUCAAGGUGUCAUAUACGAAAAGAAGAUACAUGCUGAUGAGCAGAAAACGACGACCUUUUCGACUAUGUUUGGCUACUUCAAUUUUUGUUUGUAUAGUUUCAUAUCAAAAGAAUAUGGAAUAGAUAAAUGGAAAGAAAUAAUUAGUAGCUUGAAUCUAUCUCGCAGACAAGUGUCGAUGUUUGAAAAACCGAGACACUCCAUGUUUGAUGACGCGAUAACUGAUCAAGUUGUACGCACAGCUUCGAAAAUGCUUAAUAUAAAUUUCAAUCUUUUCCUUCAAAAAUUUGGUCAAAACUAUUUCGAAUUUUGUGGCACUAAGUAUGGCGACAUUUUGAAAUCGAUUGCAACAAAUUUGGCUGACUUUAUAAACAACAUGGACGACAUACGACGCCAUAUUCACAAAAUUGAAAAAAUUGCUGACGACUACCCUCCCUCUAUUUACGCCAUCCUAGACAAGCAAGGAACGCUUCUGCUUUAUUAUCAUUCUAACAGAGACCAAAAAUACUUGGAAUACUUCUUGAUUGGUUUUAUUAAAGCUGCAGCGUGGAUACUGUACGGUAUGCGCAGUCGUGUAAGCUUGCAGCGACAACGACAAGAUUGUGAAGACUACUCCAUCAUAUCUAUUAAAGCCGUUAGCUCGCUUGUUAAAAAGCCGUCAGUAUCUAAACUGCAAAUCUCUUCUCGUUGCAAAGAUUUAAUCAUCGAGCCUUAUUUGAUGGACAGUAUUUUCCCGUUUCAUAUCAUGUUUAAUGAAAAAUUAGAGAUGUGCCAGUUAGGAAUGUCGUUAAAUAGAUUAUUAGAACAUUAUAUUCCAAUUCACGGACUUUCGAUUGAGAAAUAUUUCUCUGUGGUAAAACCAGCCAUUGAUUUGAAUUACGCGUCUAUAAGAAACAACCUGAACACGGCAUUUAUACUGUCGAGUAACAGGGGGAUGUUUCAAGAAACAUUUUCCAGUGGUUUGGUCCUGAAGGGACAGGUUUCGUAUUUAGAGAGUUCAAAAUGUUUAUGGUUCAUCGGUUCACCCAAAGUUGAUUUUGUGGAACAGCUAAACGGAGACAGUAACUUAUAUUUAAGUGAUAUUCCCUUACACGAUGCAACGCGAGAGGUUUUACUAGUAAGCGAGCAAACGCACGAACAAGAUGCGUUAAAGUCUCAGCUACAAGUUCUGACUAACCGACUAAAGGAGACAUCUAAAGAGCUAGCUUUAGGUAAGGUCAAUACGGAGAAUAUAUUGGAUGAGAUUUUUCCCAAGGACGUUGCGGAGCGUCUGAUGCGAGACCUCCCAGUACCAGCUGUGACGGCAGCGGAAGUGUCGAUUUUGUUUACGGAUAUUGUUGGUUUUACUGCAAUCUGUGGAAAUUGCGAUCCUGAAGAUGUAACUGAUAUGUUAAAUGACUUAUAUAUCCAGUUUGAUUUUCUUUGCGAAAAGUUUGAUUUAUAUAAGGUCGAAACAAUCGGCGAUGCAUAUAUGGCCGUAGGCGGUUUACAUCGAAAAGAUAGCGAACAUGGCCGCCUCACAACUGCGAUGGGUAUUGAAAUGAUUGCUCAGGCGAAAAACGUUUUAACACCAGAAGGUGAAAGUAUUCAGAUUCGUGUUGGAGUUCACUCUGGUUCAGUUGUAGCUGGUGUAGUGGGAACACGAAUGCCAAGAUAUUGUUUAUUUGGAAAUAAUGUGACGCUAGCCAAUAAAAUGGAAUCUACGAGUGCCACUGGAAAGAUACAUAUAAGCCCUGCUACCUACAGAGAAAUAAAGCACCACCAGGAGUUUAUCUUCUUCGAGCGACCGCGUGAUGUCAUGCCACCACUGAUGCAAAAACUGUACGAUGGUUACACCUACUUUGUAACGCAAAGACGAACAAGCACGUAUGAUAUUCCUACACCGGAAACCGAAAAACGUUUAAAAUACAUGAUGCCAAGACGCGCAUCACAAGAACAGUUUAUACCGACACCUCGAAGAGCACCAAGCCGCAAAACGAGCUAUUCGGAAAGCGUUAUGUCCGAUCACCAGAAGUAUCCACCAGAGCUGAGAAAGCAAUUGGACGCAUUAGAAAUGCUAAAUGGUUAUCAGAAUGGGAAGGUGUUUUGUUUGCCAAAUAUGGAAGCAUGAAUAUGCGUUUUCGUUGCGAGUUGUAAUUUAAGUUUUAUGUAUUUGAUAUACGCUCUUUGUCAGUGUUUUCGCUUUUCUAGUUGUGUUUUUUUCUAUUGUUUUUUUUGUGUGUGGAUUUUAUAAUCUGUAAUACCGCCGGUAAAAUUUUGUUUUAAAAAGAUUUGGAAAAAGCAGCUAAAAGUGUAAUAACUGUAAUAAGUGUAUUUUUUAUUUUUUUUCUAUCUUUUCCAAAACUUUAAAGCUCAUUUCUGCUUAAUUUAUUUAAGUUUCUGUAAGAUGUGUGAAUUCUUCUUGCUUCCGCCUUUCACUGCUAGUUUGUCUCUCCGGAAACUUUUUCCCGCAAAAAGCUUGUAUCACAGAAAGGUUUGUCCCGCAGGAAUUUUUGUUUGACAGAAAAAUUGUUCUGCUUUAAUGCCUGCCAGUACUUUCAAUCUUCCAUUUCGCACCUGUGGAGUAACCAACCUAUAUCCUAUAUAACUUUUCUACCUCUAAACUUUUCCACUAUCAGUUUUCGAAUUGUUUUUGUUUCUUCAACGUCGAACUACAAGUUUAUUGUCCAUGUGUGUUUAGUUGUAAAAGUUAACAAUUGUAGUUGUAAGAAAUUAUUUAGAAAUAUGUCUACGCAGAGAGUUAAUCAAAUGUUAGUUUUAAUGUUAAAGAAUUUUUGUCAUGAUUUUUAUCAAUUAAUAAUCUAACGAGAGUGUGCUAGAAGUAAAAAAAAUCAGCUGCAAGGUUUUGAUUAUGCACUUGUUAAAAGCUAUAACUUAGUUUCCAUAUUUGAUCGUUUGUUUGAUUUAUUUUUCCUUUCCCUUUAUUGUUUUACAGAUACGAAGAAGAUAUAUUGUAAGGAUUUUUAAACUAAUAUAUUAUAUAUAAAUACAUGUAUUUAUGCUGAGUCAUGCUGAUGCAAAUUUUUGUUGCACUGAAUGGGGAAAAAAGUACCCAAGAAAAGAACAUGGUACUCGAGAAUAUGCUGAGCAUAUGAAA